UGAUAUUUAAGUGUGAAAAUUGAAGCAGAGCUCACAGAAGAAGAAAGAUGGAGGCUUUGGUGUGCAAGAAAUUGGGGGAUCCAACGGCGCCGAUUUCAGAAGAGAAAGCAAUAGUGAUCGAGAAGAGCUAUCCGAUUCCUGAACUGGAGACUCCCACAUCGGUGAGAGUGAGAGUGAAAGCUACGAGCUUGAACUACGCCAAUUACCUUCAGAUACUUGGCAAGUACCAAGAGAAGCCGCCUCUGCCUUUCAUCCCCGGCUCCGAUUACUCCGGCGUAGUCGACGCCGUGGGCCCGGCCGUCUCCAAGUUCAGAGUCGGCGACGCUGUUUGCUCCUUCGCCGCACUCGGGUCGUUUGCCCAGUUCAUCGUCGCCGAUCAGUCACUUCUGUUUGGAGUGCCGGAGGGGUGUGAUCUGGUGGCUGCUGGUGCACUGCCGGUUGCAUUUGGGACCUCUCAUGUGGCUCUUCGUCACCGGGCCAAUUUGAGCUCCGGUCAAGUAUUGCUAGUGCUUGGUGCAGCUGGAGGUGUUGGACUUGCGGCGGUACAGAUUGGGAAGGUUGUUGGAGCCGUUGUUAUUGCGGUAGCUAGGGGAGCUGAGAAGGUGCAGUAUUUGAAGUCGUUGGGGGUUGAUCAUGUGGUGGACUCCAGCAGUCAAAGUAUUAUCCAGAGUGUGAAGGACUUCUUGAAAACCAGAAAGCUUAAAGGGGUUGAUGUUUUGUAUGAUCCGGUUGGAGGGAAGCUUACAAAAGAAGCCAUGAAGGUAUUGAAUUGGGGAGCACAGAUUUUGGUUAUAGGCUUUGCAAGUGGAGAGGUCCCUGUCAUUCCCGCCAAUAUUGCUCUUGUUAAGAACUGGACAGUGCAUGGACUGUACUGGGGUAGCUACAGAAUACAUCGACCAGCUGUUCUUGAAGAUUCAGUUAAUGAACUACUAUCAUGGGUGGCGCGAGGCCUGAUCACCAUCCGCAUUUCUCAUACUUACCGCCUGCCAGAGGCCAAUCUUGCCUUUUCUGCCAUCAAAGAUAGGAAAGCCAUUGGGAAAGUGAUGAUUGUUCUUGACGAGCCAAGCAGUGUAAGGUCAAAGCUUUAAUCAGAAUUCAGCUGGGAUGGUUGGAUAUUGUACUCCUCAGCAUUUCCAUUCCUGAGUCUGCCCCUUUUCCAUAGCUUGUAUUGAACGCAUCAUUUAUCUAUAGACGGUAGAUGGUUUUUUCGAUAACAAGACGGUAGAUGGUUGGUUUAGGUCCAUUGUACAAGUUAUGACCCUGUGUAUAUGGUUGUAAUAAAUUGUGCCAUGUAUAAUCAAAUAUCAGCUGCAAACCAGAGGGCAUAGAGCUCCUGUCAAUAAAUUAAGUGGUGGUUCUAUCGUAUUAAUUAUUAACCUCUGAUUUGGCUUUCUUCCA